UUUUGUUCUUGGGCUGCCGCCGCCGCCCGACUCGGUUUCCGCCCUCCCUCACUUUGUUCGCCUCCCGCCGCCUGUGUUGUUCUCCCAGCUCAGCGAGCCGCCGCGGUGCGGUGCGCCCUCCCGAGCCGCAGCCCAGCGCUGCCUGGGACUGGGAUCAGCUGCGCGGAGAGAGGCCUGUGCGGGCGGGCGGGUCUGUCUGUGGGGGACAGGAGCGGCGCAGAUCAGUGGGGAGGCAGCGCAGAGAUCCCCGGCGCUGUAGGGUUAGCGCAGAGAUCCCCAUUGCGAUGGCGGACCCCACAGAUCCCCAUUAUUAUAGAGCGUUGGCUGGUGAGAUCUCUAUAGGGGUAGCUCAGAGAUCCCCACUGCUAUAGGGGUAGCUCAGAGAUCCCCACAGCUAUAGGGGAGGUCAGUGAUCCCCACAGCUAUACGGGUAGCUCAGAGAUCCCCAUUGCUAUAGGGAAACUCAGAGAUCCCCACUGCUAUAGGGGUAGCUCAGAGAUCCCCAUUACUAUAGGGAAACUCAGAGAUCCCCACUGCUGUAGGGGUAGCUCAGAGAUCCCCACAGCUAUAGGGGAGCUUAGAGAUCCCCACAGCUAUAGGGGAGGUCAGUGAUCCCCACAGCUAUAGGGAAACUCAGAGAUCCCCACAGCUAUAGGGGUAGCUCAGUGAUCCCCACAGCUAUAGGGGAGGUCAGUGAUCCCCACUGCUAUAGGGGUAGCUCAGAGAUCCCCACUGCUAUAGGGGUGGCUCAGAGAUCCCCAUUGUUAUAGGUAAUACCUAGAUCUCCAGCACGGUAAGGUUUAGCUUGGCCUGGGUCUUUCAGCGCUAACUGUGGAGCAGCACCUGUGUCCUCCUGCUAUCAAGGGUGAGCCCUGUUACCUGCCCACUGGAGGCAUCCAGUGCCACCACUCUUGGCAAGAAAGGCCUAGAGACACACAGGAGAGGAGGUAACGCGGGGCUGAUGUGAUCCCAUCCCACCAGUGCCAGAGGAGGGGCCGAUGGAGAACUUCAUGCCACUGUCCCAGGGGCAAAAAAUGGUGUCUGAAACACGCGGUAGCGCCUGCCAGGCCUCCUUUCAGGAUACUUCAUUACGAAGCAGCAGGAACUGACCCACAGACGUGGCUUCUGCAGUGACUUUAACUGAUGAAAUCAUGCUCCCCCAAAUGAAUGGAUGGCUUUCUUGCUUCUCUUUCCUCCUAUUAUGUACUUAUUACAUGUCUGCGGCAAGAAAUGCAAAUACACUGCUAGAGCUGAGCCCCCAGGAGUAUUUCAGUAGCUUGCAGCCGGGAAGAGCAUCCCUUGUUUAUUUUAGUCGAGACGCUCUUAUUGGUGUUUCAGUUUCUCCAGGUGCCCGUCUGUUUCUGGAACAGCUAGAGAACUCAGUUGGAGCUCUUCAGGACUAUGGGAUUUCAGUGGUGAAGGUUAAUUGUCUCAAAGAAGAUAUACCAAGAUAUUGUGGGAAAGAAAAUGCCUUAAUGAAAGCAUACCUGUUCAGAGGUAACGUGUUGCUCAGAGAAUUCCCCACAGAUGCCCUGUUUGACGUGAAUGCCAUUGUAGCCAAUAUCCUGUUUGCCCUCCUCUUUAACGAAGUUAAAUAUAUUACAACGUUGGUGGAGCUUCAGGAUCUAGAAGAUUCUCUGAAGCGAAGAUCAAAUGUCGUCUUUGCCUAUGUGCCAGCAAUUGGAACACCAGAGCACAGAGCAGUAAUGGAAGCUGCUUUUGUAUAUGGUACUGCUCACCAGUUUGUUUUAACCACAGAAGUGGCAUUGUUGAAGAACACUGUCUGUGAAGAUUCUGAUGCACUGUCUGCUCGACUCUUCUUCUGCCAUUGUCAGCGGGUCCUGGAUCUGACCCAGCCGUGUAGGAGGACUCCCAUGGUGCAAUCACUGACCACGCUGAACAUCCACACAUAUCUCAAACUGAUGGCAGCACCCAUUGUGACUGAAGUUGCUGAAGAUCCAGAAAAGGUUUCAACUGUCCAUCUACAGCUCGGCCUGCCACUGGUAUUUAUUCUCAGUCAGAAGGAGACCUAUGAAGUUGAUAAGAGAACUGCUGAGUUUGUUGCAUGGCAGCUGCUGGGGAAAGCAGGAGUUGCCCUCUUAUCAAGGGACUCAGUAGAUCUGAAUGUUCUUCUCCGGUCUAACGUGGCCCUCAAGACAGCAGAAGAGGGUGUGCCGAUCAAAUACCUGGUUUUGGAAGAUACUGAUGAAAUAAUAGCCCUGGUGGAAGACAAGAUAAAGGCCGAACAGAUCCAGGAAGAUGAGGAUGAAAGUGACAAUAAUGAUCAGGAAAUUCAAGAUGACCAGGUGAUGGAAGCGGUUUACAGAGACAGGAAGCGAGAACUCCCUUUGGAACUCAUCCGUACCCUGACAGAAGAAACUUUUAAUGCUGCUCUGAUGGAGACCGCCCACAUGGUGGUGCUAUUCUACGCCAGUUGGGAAGCGGUGUCCCUGGUGAUGUUGCAAUCAUAUGUAGAGGUGGCCAUUGCAUUAAAAGGAAUCCAAGGAAUUUCGCUUGCCAAAGUAAAUUGCUGGGACUGGCCUGAUGUCUGCAUGAAGCAGAAUGUCACCCAAUUUCCCAUUACCAAGAUGUAUGAGAAGGGAGCAAGACCACUGACUUAUACUGGCAUGCUCGGAACAGCAGAGCUGCUCAGAUUCCUCAGGCUAAGCAGCAUUUCCUGCCCUGUGAAGCUGACCACGAUCGAAGAAGUGGACGAAUAUUUAAGUGGGGAAGUUUAUGCUGACUCAUCAUCAUACCACAGCACAUCAGUUCUGGGAAUAUUUCACCCUAGCAUGAAAGAAGCAAGGGAAGCUUUUGUCGAAGCAGGAAAAAUGCUCCGGGGAUAUGUAAUAACAGGACUGUAUGCUGAAGAUGAUGCAUUGGUUCUGGCCCGUAAAUAUGCUGUUCCUCUUCCAGCACUGCUUCUAGCUAGGCGUGAAGCUCACAGAAUAGAUAGCGUCCUGCUAUCAAAACAGAGUGCACCGGACAUAGUUCAGACAAUCAGGUCCCAAUUAUUGGAAACAUUUCCAGAAAUCACAGUGGAAAAUCUCCCCGACUACUUGAGCCUGGAAAAACCCUUACUGAUUUUGUUCAGCGAUGGAGGCCUAAAUCGAAGAGUGAGAAUGGAAAUGUUGAGUUUGGCAAAUGGAAAAGGCCAUGAGGCAUUUCUUGCUUGCUGGAUGAACCUGAAAACCACUCCUGUAGGCAGAGGAGCCCUGAAGGCAUAUUUCAGCAUACCACCUCCUCUGCCACUUCUUGCCUGGGUGAACUUUCAUUCCAGUGGUGAAGUGUUUGCAUUUCCUUCGGACCAAUCUGUCACCGAAACGAACAUUUUGUCUUGGCUCGAGAAAUUAAUAGCCGGGCUCGAGAUUCCCAGCGCUACUUUGUCUGAUGAAGCCUGGAAGCCUCCUCUUCCUGCUUACAAUUUCUUACACACAAUGGAGGCCACCCUACCCGAAUUCACAGUGCACGCAGUUGAUAGUCGUGGUGGCGCCGAUGAGCUGCAGCAGGCAGAGAAGGUCUCUGAAGAGACGUUGACUGUCCGAGAGGAGCAGGUGGAAGAAUUGGGGCUGGAAGCAGAGAAAGGCCAGUCUCCAGGGAGAGAUUUGCGAGGCACGGCCCCAAGGCUGGCAGGAAGAGAGAAGUCGCCCAAGCGACACACGGAGCUGUGAUGGCCAAUGAUCAGCCUGUGGGUGCUAACGAAGGCCGUUAGAAGGGUGACCAGGAUGUUCCUCCCAUGCCAAUCCAAUGUUUAAAAUGGUCAUAGCAAUUCUUUAAACCCAAAAGGGAUGAGGUUGUGUGAGAAACUGGCCAUGGAGUGAAGGCCACAGCAGGAUUACUGUUUAAAGCCCCAUUUCCAAGCUGAUCAAGCGCAGGUCAUUCUGUCUAGCUGAGAAUUGUUACCCCUGCCGGUCUCUGAGAAUGUUCCUGCGGGUGCAUCCCAACGGCCAGAUGGUCAGGUCACCGCAUAAAUCUCACCUGUUGUAUUGCGUUUCAUGGCAAAUCAGGAAGGGAAAUAGCCUGCCAUUCUGCUUUUUGCAAGCUGAUCAGGAUGUGAACGAGCUGAUUCCUAUGACUGAGGGCUCUGUCCACACACCGAACUCGCCCAGUCUAGUUAAAGCCAUACUGUAUGCGCAGUUAUACUGUUUAAAUGUGAUUACGCAAGCAUAAGGCACCUUUAUACCAGUAUAACUGCGUCCACACUAGAAGCUGUACUGGUAUAACUAUGUCAGUAGAAAAAUCGCACCCGUCACGGAAAUAGUGACAUCGGUACAAAAGCCACAUGUGGCGCUGGCCUUAGAAAAGGGGAGCAGAGUGGGGAAGACAAACACACUGGACUUUCCAGGUCUUGUCUUUCCCCUGACUGCUUGGGUAGGCCUAGCUCUGCUCAGCUGAGUCCAUCAGCCUGCUGUUUCAGAGCAGGGAUGGGCCUGGACAUACAGGCUGAUUGCAGGCCACCGUCACCAAUCACCUCACUGUUCCUCCCGUGAUGACUAGUGAGGGGGCUGGGACCUGAGCAGACUAGAAAGGGAGAGCGCGGAAGGACAGCCGUUCAGAGCUGUGCAGAAGGCAUCAGUGUUCAAAGGGAAGAGUCUGCAGUGACCCGGGCUGGAGAGCCAAGACUGCUGGGAGAUCUGUUUCACAUCCUCUUCCAGAUUGGGAGACUUACCGCCCAGGAAAAAGGCAGCAUCCCUUCGGCGCUUGCUUCCCUUUUACAAUCAAGGGUGGUGGUAAUCCACAUUCCCUCUAAGGUGCACGGCAAUGAAGGAGGCUGCACAGUUAAUUAGCAAAGCCGCGCACUGCACUCGGGCAUGGCCACGGGUGGGCCUGGAAGAUGGCAGUGGGGUGAGGUGGGGGCUGGUGAUGGGAUGGGGUGUGUGGGGCUGCGGCGAGGAGAGACGCCUCUCCUUCCCAGCCCCGGGGCUGCGGUGUUGGGGUGAGAGGCCUCUCCCUCCCAGCUGUGGGGCUGCAGGGGGGGAGCGAAGCACCUCUCUCUCCCAGCCCUGGGGCUGCUGCUGUGGGGAGAGAUGCCUCUCCCUUCCAGCCCUGGGGCUGCAGUGGGGGGGAGAGAUGCCUCUUCCUUCCAGCCCUGGGGCUGCAGUGGGGGGGAGAGAUGCUCUCCCCCAGCCCAAGUGCUGCUGAGGGGAGAGAGGGCUCCAGGGAGUCCUCUCUCCACGCCCGAGCCCCGGGGCAGCCUACACCCAAACCCCUCAUCCUCCGGCCCCACCCCAAAGACCGCAUCUCCAGCUGGAGCCCUCCCCCCUGCACCCCAACCCUCUGCCCCAAUUCUGAGCCUCCUCCCAAACUCCGAACCCCUCAGCCCCACCUCCACCACACAUCACCUCCAUACUGGUGCACAUAACAAAAAUUCAUUCUGCACAGGGGUGGGAAAAACUAGCGGGAACAUUGAUGGUAACGGAUCAUUUGUGGGGCCUAAUCCACGGGGGCUACUCACGUGGGCCUGGGUUGCAGGAUCAUGCACCUGCUAGGUUUGGGAAGGAGUUUAAGGCCUGGUCAAGACCUGUUGAAGGGCGUGGGAAUGUUUGUGCACAGGAUCAGCUGGCAUCAGCUCAUUUCAACAAACUGCCCUUGGAACGAGCCCUUCACACCACUGGGCUCAAUUGCCCAGACUCCUUUAUAGUGUUAACACACACACAAAAAUGCUAAUCAAUUGCUCAGAGCAUUGUAAAUUUUUUCCAGACUUGCAUGCUGCCUAGGUACCCCAGUGAUGGGAGUUAUUUGAAAUGCCUGGGUGGAUAGAAAUAGACCUAGAGCUGUUUGGUUUUCCCGAGGUCCCUGACUGAAACAGACCAUUUCUUGACCUAGUUUUGAAGGCAGACUUCAAAGCAGACGUUUCUUUUUUUUCUUCAAGGUUGUAUUAUGAAUCUAAUACAGGCCUAUCGGUUAAUCACAGUUAACUCUUGAGAUUAACUCCAAAAAAUGAAUCGCGAUUAAUCACAGUUUUAAUCACACUGUUAAGCAAUAGAAUACCAGUUGAAAUGUAUU